AAAGCCAAUUGCAAAAUAAUAAUUCAAAUAUUUUGUCAUCAGCCCGCCAUUUUCGAAACACAAAAUUACAUUCUCUUUCGAAACGAAAAUGAUGACUCUGUUUCCAUCUUCUAUUGAGCGCACUGUGGCUUCUGCUCUUCUUCUUCUCUCCGAGACCAAACCUCUUUCUCCUUCUUCUCCACAGCCUGGCUUUGAUGGUGGAUCUGUGAUCGUGAAAGAGAGAAAUGAAAACAAGAGUGGCAGUGAGGAGAGCUUGAGUUUUGUGUCGAAUAGCUCAAAAUCGCAAUGUUCAACUCUUACUAGUGGUAGCUCGUCGUCUAUGAAGAUUCAAAAGGCGCAUAAACUCAGAAUGGUUUCUAUUGUGGCCCGUAGCCAUGAAAUGAAGUUCAAGGUGGUGAGAAAGAGGCGAUCGGAAGUCUGCUGGAGCUUCGAUCAGCGGAAAAUUGUCCUUGCUUUGCCUGCAAAGGUGUCGUCCCGUUCAGAGUCACCAGAUGAUUCGUGCUUAUCUAGCACAUCCAGCGCAGCAUCAAGCGCGCGAAGCCGCUAUGUUUCUAAUGGGACGACAAGGAACCAAAUGGAGCCUAAGCCGGAGAGGGCUAAAGUGAACUCCGUUUGCGGCCCCGGUUCGGCUUAUAUGAGGCGCCAAGCCGAAGCAAUAUUGAAAUUAUUGUCUCGUGGUAGUUCCUCUGAAGUGAGAAUACGCCAAGUGCUUGGUGAUAGUCCUGACACCAGCAAAGCUCUCAGAAUGUUGCUAAAGCAGGAAGAGAUCAAAAGAUCAGGAACUGGAGGUCGUCAGGAUCCAUACAUUUACAAGGUACGUAUAUUUUGUGCUUAUUAUAAUCUUCUUCAGUUUCAUAAAAAUAAUUCACUAUUAAAUUGCCAAGAUAAUAUCAAAAAGUUAUAAUUGUAAUUGCAAUUAUUUGAGCUCUUCUUGCAGAUUGCAUGAGAGAUUAGGGUGCUUGAUCCAGAAAUUAAUAUUAGGUUGUGACUUUUAGAGUUCUAAUCAUCUUAACUAUAGGGAGAUUUUGGUCUGGGGAUAUAUAUUUACAAAUAGGAUAUAAUAGGAAAUAUUGACAAGUGAAUAUAGCAAUAUAUGGUUGUCUUUCUUACACGGUAUUACUUGGAAUAUAUAAGGGGAAGGAAUUUUGUGGUAUAGCAUUAUGCUUUUAUAGGUAGGCAUGGCAAUGGCAAUACGUCUUCUGUCUGUCUGUAAUAUAAGUGAAGGUUUCUUAUAAAUUGGGGUUUUACUGGUAAUGCUAUUCUUGUUUAAGGAUGAAGAUUUGUCUAUUUGUGAGCUUAGAUUAGCGGUGAAAUGAGCAAAUUGGUGAAAACAAUUAUAGUCGAGAAGAUUCGAAUUCAAGACUUCUCAUUUUUUAUAUAAAUCAGACUACCACCUGAUUAUUUGUUCA